CUGUAUGCGGAGAGGCACGGCGCUGGUGGUGGUGGUCGUGGUGGGCAGAGUGGCUGACACUGUACCCACAACACGCGGGAGGAGGGAGGUCGCGCUGCAAUGGGGAAGUCGCUGUCCAGGAUGCAGCAGUUGCAGCUCCUUGGACUUCCCCUUUCUCUUCUGCAUCACCACCACCACCACCACCCACCACCACCAUGUCGGCCCAUCCCUCGGCCUCUCCCCACAGCGCAGACGCUCGCCGAGAGCCCUGACACGGACGGGGUACAACUCGGUGGUGGAGGGGAGCGCACCGCCGGCCACUCGCAGUGUCGAGGUGUCGCGUGGAGGAGGAGGAUGGGGCUCGUGAGAUAAUCCGCCCCGCGCACCGCGAGCCACGUGGGAGAUGUCCCCGGCAGCGCUGGGACCACCGCCUCGCGAUGGCGAGACACGGGUAAAGCUGCGUCUCACAGCCUAGCUGGAGGCUGCUGCGCUUGGAGCUGCGAGGACGUGGCCUUGGCGAGCGCCGUGAGGAUGAGCGCCGAGCCGGGGUUGGCGGUUACACUGGAGGAGGAGGAGGAGGCGUCCGUGGCGGAAGAUGCCUCUGAUCGUGCGUCGGAGAUCGAUGGUGACGAGGCAAAUAGCUUGGUGGUGAAAUGGUCGCGUUUGAAACUGCAGAAUCUGAAGAUCUGUUGGAUUGCGGAAAUCAGCCAGAGCAUCGUGGAGAUGGACUUGUCUCAAAACCUUCUGGAGGAACUUCCGCCCUUGGUGCCAUGGGGUCUGAAAAUGCUCCGCGCUUUCGACGCCUCCUCCAAUCAGCUGACGUGUUUCCCCAGCGUUACACCUCAGCAGAUAUUCUGCACUGGGUUGACCGAAAUCAACCUCUCCAUGAAUUGCCUCUUCUCCCUGCCUGCUGAGGUGUUCCUGCUGACCAACCUCAAGACUCUGAACCUCUCCCACAAUCAGCUGAGCGAGUUUGGCUGCCCCGAGAGAGCAGCCCUGGGCCUGGUGCAGUGCCGAGACCUGGAGGUGCUCAAUCUGUCGUACAAUCAGCUGGGGGAGUUGCGCAAGGAAGUCCUGCAGCUCCUCAACGGACUGCGCUGGCUCAAUGUGUCUCACAAUCAGCUCAAGGCAUUCCCACCGGCGUGGCACUGUCCACUGGUGCAGCUGAAGGCGACUCACAACCAGCUGGAGGAGAUUGGGGAGGGCUUCCAGCUACACUGGUCGAGCUCCCUGCAAGAGCUCGACCUCAGCAACAACUCCCUCGCCGAGCUCCCAGGGGCCAUCCUGCAGCUCACGGAGCUGCAGAGUUUGAAUAUCUCUGAUAAUCAUCUGCUGGUCAUUCCUCCUGCGCGGUUGUGGACGUGCUGCAAGCUGCAGACCCUCGACUUGUCACAAAACUACAUUGGCAAGCAACCAUCUUUGUUCAGCAGGGGCAGCGGCAGCGGCGGCGGCGGCAGCGGGAGCAGGAACCGGCUCGUCGCGUUCAUCACCAGGAAGCUGAGACACCCGAUGGAAGGUGUGCUUCUGGACUUACCGGACUUUCUGGGGAGCACGCUGGAAGCCCUCAACCUGAGCAGCAACUUUAUGGACAGCGUUCCUUCUUCCAUCGGCUCCCUCCUAGCUUUGCAGGAGCUCUACCUCUCCAGGAACCCGGGCAUCCGCGAGCUGCCGCACGCGCUGGGCAGCCUCAGCAACCUGUGGCUGCUGGAGAUCGACGAGCUGGAGAUCUCCAAUGUCCCUGCUGACCUCCUGCAUGACCCCAACGGGACGCCGGCUAUCUUGGCCUACCUGCGGGCCCAGCAGCGCCGCUCGCAGCACUGCUACUCCCUCAAGCUCAUGGUGGUCGGCCCCUCGCACCAGGGGAAGACGUCGCUCCUCUCGUCGCUGAGACACCGGCGGAAGCCGCCGCCGCCGCCGGUCUCGGGCGGCUGCCCCGACGUGCCCAUCGUGCUCAGCACCUGGGACCUGCAGCGCCCCCUGGGCCUCGCCGACCUCAAGGUGGAGAAGAUCCGCUUCUCGGUGUGGGACGUGGGCGGCACGGCGAGCGCGCUGCCCGUGCACCGCUGCCUGUGCACCGACCGGGCGCUCUACCUGCUCGUGUGGAACCUGGCUCUGGGCGAGGAGGGAGUGGUGAGCCUGCACCACUGGCUGCUCACCAUCCAGGCGAGUGUUGGCCGGGCGUCUACCGUGCCUUGGGAUUGGACGACGGUCACGUGUGUCCCCUGGAGCCGGGCCCGACUGCGAGCGUCUCUCCCCCGACAGGCGCGGGCCCCGCACGCGGCAGUGAUCGUGGUGGGGACACACCUGGACCGCCUGCCCGUGCGCUUCAUGGGCGAGAGGCUGGCCACCCUCAAGGCCCAAGUGCUCAGCCUGUGCUGCGACCCGAGUGGCCGGAGCUUGAGCGGCUAUCCCAGCGUUGACUGCAAGCACAUCUGCGAAGUGUCGUGCCAGUCUCUCGCUGGCAUCGACGACCUGCGGAAGUUGAUCUUCCGGGCGGCGUGCGGCAUAAAGGACGGGGGCAGCGCCGUUCCCAACCAGCGGCUCCUGGGGCGCCUGGUGCCCAGGAGCUACAUCGCGCUGCACGACGCGGUGCAGGCGGAGCGCCAGCGCCGCGUGGCGGACGCGCUGCCGCAGGUGCUGACGCGCGAGGAGCUGCGGGCGCUGGCGGAGAGCACCCCGGGGAACGACUUCUCCUACUCGCACGACGAUCUGCAGCGAGCGGUGCAGUUCCUGUCGGAGGUGGGGGCGCUGCUGCACUUCCCCGACUGCAGCUGGGGCCUGGGAGAGGUGCUUUUCCUGCACGGGGGCUGGCUGGCGCACUGCCUCGAGGGCACGCUGCGCGGCGUGGCCUCGGGGCCAGGCCAGGGCGCCACGCGGCCCCGGGAAACCAUCGUUUCGGCGCUGGCGGCCGCCGGCGUUCCCGCGAGGCACCAGGAGCAGCUCCUGCAGCUGCUGCUGCUCUUCGAGAUGAUGCUGCCCCUGCAGCACGACAGCUUCCUGCUGCCCCACCUCAUGCCGGAGAGGCCCGGCCUGCAGCUGCUUCCGGUGUUGGAAGACGACGGCAAGAAGACGAUGACCGUUCGCCGCCUCGUGCAGAUGAGCUUCACGCCAUUGGGCUUCUGGUCGCGGCUCAUCGCGCGCCUGCUCAUCAGCGUGGCUCAGAUUGAGCGCCAGGUGGUAGGAGGUGUCAGGAGACCUUUGGGGAAGCAGGCCCUAGACCCCGACUGUGACGUGAGCUAUGCCCGUGCCAGCACGUUUCGGAUUCGCCGAGCGCGCAAGGUCUACUGGCACGAGGGCCUGGCCAUCCUGCACAGCGACGGCUUCUUCAGCGUGGAGGCUGCAGGGAAGCAGUGGGGGGACUCGGGAGAGCAUCCCGGCAUCGAGAUAUUGGUUCAGUCCCAGUCGCAGGACUUCUCUGCCAUCGCGUUCGUCACGGACCACGUCAACACGCUCAUCGAACACUGGUUCCCCGAACUGAUGGAUGUGGAGACCAACGGGACGCCGUUCAUCAAGCAGCUCAUCCCCUGUCCCUACUGCGUCGGCCCUGCGGACUCGCGGGAGGGAGAGGGCCAGGGAGGGGAGUGCGAAGACGAUAGGCCCGGGUUAUUCACUCUGGAGGAGUGCGUGAUGGAGGCUGUGAGGUCCGAUGUGAUCGCGUGCCACAGACACGCGGACAAUCCCGUGCCCCUGACCCGGCUCAUCCCAGAGGCGUUCCUCACAGACUUCCCAAAGCGGCUUCUCUUGGACGUUGCGAGCCUGGACUACAACCCAAGAGAAGAGUUGCAGCUGGGCCAGGGCGCCAGUGGAACCAUCUACAGAGCGCUCUACCAGGGCCAGCCAGUGGCCAUCAAGGACUACCACAUCAAGGGGGCGGCCCAGCAGGAGGACACGGUGCUGCGGAGGAUGCACGCGGGGCGCGUGUGGCGCCGCAUGGCGGACCUACGCGUGGAGGCGUGCAUGAUGCGGACGCUGUCCCACCCGUGCGUGGUGGCGCUGCUCGGGGUGAGCGUGCGUCCGCUGGUGCUCAUGCUCGAGCUGGCGCCGCUCGGCAGCCUCAGCGACGUCCUGGAGCGCCGCGUCGCCCUGGAGCACUCGCAGGAGGAACCUGACGCCGACCCGCUGCCUCUCGGCGUGAUACUCACCCACAAGGUGAUCCACCAGAUGGGGCUGGCGUUGGCCUACCUGCACCGGCACGGCAUGCUGCACUGCGACCUUAAGUCCGACAACGUGCUGGUGUGGUCGCUAGACCCGCACGUCGCCGUCAACGCCAAGCUGGCCGACUACGGCGUCUCGCGCCUCUCCUUUGGCCAGGGCAGCCGGGGCAGCGAGGGCACCCCGGGGUACCAGGCCCCCGAGGUGCGGCCGGGAUUCGUGUUCGACGAGCGGGUGGACGUCUUCUCGUUGGGCAUGGUCAUCUAUGAGCUGCUGUCGGGCCAGCGUCCCGCGGUGGAGGGGAGGCCGCUGGACGUGGUGAGGAAACUGAUAAGAGGCGAGCGGCCCACCGUGCCGCUCGAGGCCUGGAGGCACGCCCAGCCGCUGGCGGAGAUCAUGGAGCAAUGUUGGAAGACCUGCCCCAAGCAGCGCCCGUCUUCGCACGAGGUCGUGACCUCGCUCUGCGACCCCACGUCAGCGUGCCAGGCCUACAGCGUGGAGUGCGGGCAGCACAACGCGUGCCUGCCCUGCAGCGCGUUCCCCCGGCACGCGCUGCUGUGGUACGGCGACGGCAUCCUCAGGAGGUACAGUGUGCUGACUGUGCCGAGCGGCCACAUGCAGACCAAGCACCUGCCCUGCCCUGGCGGAAAGGUCGUGUGUCUCACCAAGGUCGGGUCUACCGUGUGGAUCGCCACGCAGGAUCUGAAGAUAGAGAUUUACGUUCUCAGGGAGAUGUGCCCUCUCUGCGUGCCGGACAGAAUCAUACCGGUCCCUUCCCAAGUCACCUGUCUGCUGACGAUUCCUUCACAGACUCCUGACGAGUGCGACGUCCUGGCAGGGCUGGAAGACGGAAACGUGGCGGUGUUUCUCAACAAGCCGAGCUCCCCCAGCCUGGAGCCCACGCUCUACCUGUGCCCCGCGUACGCCAACCUGCACGUGUUCGGCGUGAGCGAGUGGGACUCGCGGCAGACCGUCACGGCCGUCAGGGCCAUCGUCUCCGUGCGCGAUGGGAAGGAGCUGUGGUUCGGCAACGGCCCGGCCGUCGUCGUCGCGGAGCGGGAAGGUUUCCGAAUCGCGCGUCGAUUGGAGAUGUUCUCGGCGGUCACCGUCCCCCCGUCGCGCGUGGCGGCCCUGGCCGUGACCUCGUCCUCCCGCGGCGGCGACCCCGCGGCCUCCGCGGAGACGGUUUGGGCCCUGGACGACGUGAGCAACGCGCUGGUGGCGUGCGACGCCGAGUCGUACUCGCUGCUGGCUCGCUACCCGCUCAACGCCAGCGUCGCCCGUGGCGACGCGCUCUCGCUCGCCGGGUACGCCGCUCGCGCCCGGACGCGCGAGGAGAGGAGACGGCUGCACAUUACGCCCGUGGGCAAAGGCCUUCAGAUUUUUGUCGACGGCUCCUCUGAUGACGAAGAAUCGCAGGCAGCAGACGGCCGCCAGGAACGGGCGCACGAGUCUCCGUCGCUCGGUGACAACAAAGAGGACUCCGUCGAGCAGCAGCGCAGCGCGGAACUCGACAGAGAGGCGCUGGAUGACCUGCGCGCAGUGGAUUUGAUAUCCGUCCGGGACUGCCUGUGGGUGCCAAGGCGUGGCGGAGACAUCCCGGUGAUUCACGUGAAUCGGGAGGAGGCACGGGCUCGAGUCAUCGCCGUGAUGAGGGGGAAGGUGCCCGGCCACUACAGGAAGAUCGUGUCUGCAGGCCCUGCUGGGGACGACGCCAUUGUCUGUUGCCAUGGAGACGGAGCAGGGCAGUUGGCCGUGUCCGUCUGGAGGAAGUGGCUCACCGCAGACUUCACAGACUUCUACAGUUUCCAAGACAACCUACGGGGCUUGAUCCGCCAAUCAAAGUUCUCAAGAUGACCGUCGAAUGCAGGACCAAGUCUCAACAACGCCACUCGUCCUCUGCCAGCACGAGUCUCGCAGCACGAGUCUCGCAGCAUGAGCGCUCGCCACGGGGCCGUUUCCGUCAUGGGAACGUGCGCGGGCAGGGGGAGGUUUAUGGCUACGAAGCCUCGCACCUGAAGCGCCAAAAGUAGAGGGCGUGGUGUUGGCGGGAGGGAUACGAUGGUUGUGUGCGCGUCAGAAUGAGAUCAUAGCACUCGUGGCGAGCGAGAUUGCCAAGUCUGGGGCUUCAAUAAACCAGGAGGACCUUAUAAUGGAAAGAAUCUCUCUGUGUGGGAGAGAACUACAGUCCACGUCAAUGCAUUGCGCUGUGUGGUUUAUUCUGAAUGCAAGUGUCAGAAAAAAAACUGGAAUGUUAAUGUCCCAGGAAGACUUAACAGAUUGCCCAGGAUAGCUACCUCAACAAAGAGAAAGUCCUGGGAAAACCGGGACAUAGGUGGCGACCCUAGCGAAGAGCGUGGAGGAAAAGUAUGCACAUGUGACGUGUGCUGCCGGUACGCGAGUACGGCUUGGAUAGUCAAGUGCAGUUGUGAGACCCAGAGUAGAGGGGAUUGGGGGGAGAAGUUGGGAGGCCUGUAUGCCUAGCGUUUGUACACUUUUUGUAUCUUGGGGAGGCCUUCGCAUAAACGUUUAUUAAAGUUUCAAUGUUACUGUAUUAAAAGCAUUCUACAUGGACAUGUCUCCUGUAAGGAUCUUCUCAAAGGGUUAGGCCUGGGUUUCCCAAACCCCGGGUCCUCACAAUCCACGACCACGCUCCGUCAUUCUGCCUUUAUCCAUUUACUCUUCCCAUUCAAAUACAAACUCGUUCCAGGCGACACGCGCCCACUGAUUGCUAAAUGCUUCCCAUGCGAUGCAGAGCAAUUACCGAUGUCUGCGGCAAGAGCCAAUUCAAAUUGAGACAUGUGCGCGUACUCCUUCCACGUGAUGCAGACAGUUAAUUGCUGAGCGGGUCUUGUUUAAUAAUUAUUGGGUGCGUGCAGCGUGGAACGAGUUAAUUGGAAUGAGAGGCAUAAUUUGGUAAAUGGGGAAAGACGGAGCGUGGACUAGAGUUGGGAAACCCGAGGUUAGGUGGCGCGGCUAAACACAGAGGGGAGCAGGGGCACGCUACGCCAGAGUGGGAAGAGGUGUGGGGGCAGGGUAGAGUUCAGAU